UGUAUGUAUUAUAUUUUAGAAUUUUGUAAUAAUGAAUACUUAUUCAGUCGUCAAAUUCACUGAAGACAAUUCACUGGAAGCUGUGCCUACAAAUUGGUUGAAAAAAAAUAAAUGUGCCUGGUCAAUAACUAAAAACUAUUCUACAAUUAGAAAACUAAUUGAGCGUAAAAUUAUCCCCAAUGAAAUUAAGUAUACUUAUUUCAAUGCCAGAUUAUUGAAAACAACUGAUUCAUUACUUAAAGCUCGAGAAAUGACCAAAAAAGGUUUAACUAGAACUGAUAUAUCAAGCUAUAUCCGCCAAAGACUAUCAUCUGAGGAUGAUGAUGACAGUGGUACUUUUUCUCAUAAAACUAAAGUUAAAAAUACACCGGGGAUUACACAUAUAAGUGGAUGGUCACCGUCUCCAAAAAAAAAUAUUAUAAUUUCCUGCAAUAUAGAUUAUGGUUUUCAAAAAGAUGUCCUACAUAAAUUGGCUUUUAUUAAGCAUGAGUUACGGAGAGUUGUGAAUAAUCAAUUAGAAUUGAGCCAGAGAUUUGAAUACUUGGAGUCCAAAUGUAAAGACAUUACACAUUAUUCUAAUAGUAUUGAUAACAUGUCAUCAUUGAACUAUAUGAGUGAUUGUACUUUACCUAUGGACAAUACAAUUGACCUUCAGACGUUAAAUGAUAAAAUAUCUGGCGAUAGCGCAUUCAGGAUUAAUUUGACCAAUCAACUAUCUUACAUUGGUGGCAAACACAGUAAAUCAAUGAUUAAAAGGAUUAUGAGUAAGCUCUUUACAGAUGAGUUGUUAAAAUUGUAUUCAUAUAGUGGAAAGAAAGGAAAAGAUAAAUUUUCAAGUUUAGCCGUUUGUUCAGUCAUAUUUGAUGCAGUAAAACAAAAUCAUAAAUUCAAAAAUGUUACUCAAAAUGAUAUGGAGAAAGUUGUAAAAUAUGUAUUGGCACAAGCUGCUUUUAAUAUAAAAAGACUUGAA